UGGGAUUGCAGGUGCAUGCCACCACCCACUGCGCUCAGCUUGGAGUUGAAGGGACUUUGGAAGAUGUAGAAGUGGCAUUUGUCAGUGCCUAGAUUUAAAUCCCAAUUGCCCUCCAGAGUCCAAAUUCUUAACCAUUACGCUCCAGGGCAAAAGUUUGCAAAGGCUCUGGGACUAUAGAAAGAUGAGCUUUGGGUGGAGGUAGGGGCCAAAUCAGAGGGCCCUGAUAGACGAGAGUGGGGACUCUGCCUGUCAGUCCAGAGCAAUGGGAAGCCGAGGGCAGGUUCUCGCAGGACGGAUAGGCAGUAUUCUUUGAAGAUGCUUGUGGCUGCUGGGUCGAGAGUGGAGUGGAGGGAGGCUGAGAUCGGGGAGGAGGUUGCUGCAAAGAUCCAGGCCAGGAAUGUUGGAAGACUCUGGGCUGGGGGCCAUAGGGGUGGGGAUAAGUGGUUCUAUUUGAUACAUAAUUAGGAAAUCGUGUUUGCUGAACAUCCGCAGAAGGGUAAAAGGAGUUUCUGGGAGAAAGAAAGACAGCGUUGAGAUAGUACGCAGGGUCAUCACCAGGCACCAACGAGGAUAAGGGGUCAAGCUCUGGACAUGGAAGUCACGAGCCUGGCACCGGAUUCGGGGCACGGCCGGGAGCCAGGGCGGAGCUCGUCGCUGCCAAGCUCAGAGUCAGCCCAUCCCCCGCCACCCAGAGCACGUCGGCGCUAGGACCUGGCGACUGCCUUCGACCCAGAGGGCGCCGGUCGAGGCACGCAUGCGCGCUGUUCCGGCAGGCGUUGUCGUGGCGCAGGGGGCGGGACCAGAGGCGGUCACGUGAGGGGCUCUGGGCUACCGGGUCACGUGACCGAGGCACCGAUCAGCUGAUGCCGGAGGGUUUGAAGCCGCGCCGCGAGGGAGCCAGGUCGCAGUGACAGCGGCGGGUGAUCGGACCCAGGCUGCCCCGCGGUACCCGCCUGCGUCGUGCGCGCCCGCCCCAGCAUGACAGACCCGGCGGGUCCGCGCGGCUCAGAGACCGAGCGGCUUCUGACCCCCAACCCCGGGUAUGGGACCCAGGUGGGGCCUUCGCCGGCCCCUCCGACACCCCCGGAAGAGGAAGACCUUCGCCGUCGUCUCAAAUACUUUUUCAUGAGUCCCUGCGACAAGUUUCGAGCCAAGGGCCGCAAGCCCUGCAAGCUGAUGCUGCAGGUGGUCAAGAUCCUGGUGGUCACGGUGCAGGUGAGGACAGCCAAGCGGGGGCCCCAGCCGAAGGCCACCUGUGGCUGCUGUGCUCCUUGGAGAAGAGUCUUAAAGCAGCACUUUGGGAGGCUGAGGCCGGUAAUCACUGGGAGGCAGCACACUAGGCACUCUCACCCCAGUAGCUACUUCCCUAAGGUGGGACAGGGCCCCCCGCCGCGCUGGCACCUGCUGGGUGAGCACUUCCCCUACCAGCUGCAGAGUCAGCACGUGGCAGGCGCUGGCACUUGGGGCCGGAAAGGACCCGAAGACGCCCCUGCCCCUCACCCGAGCCUCCUGCCUAGGCUGGUCAAUGUCACCAUCCACUUCCGACUGAAGACCAUUAACCUCCAGAGCCUCAUCAAUAAUGAGAUCCCGGACUGCUAUACCUUCAGCGUCCUGAUCACGUUUGACAACAAAGCACACAGUGGGCGGAUCCCCAUCAGCCUGGAGACCCAGGCCCACAUCCAGGAGUGUAAGCACCCCAGUGUCUUCCGGCACGGAGACAACAGCUUCCGGCUCCUGUUCGACGUGGUGGUCAUCCUCACUUGCUCCCUGUCCUUCCUCCUCUGCGCCCGCUCGCUCCUUCGAGGCUUCCUGCUGCAGAACGAGUUUGUGGGGUUCAUGUGGCGGCAGCGGAGACGGGUCAUCAGCCUGUGGGAGCGGCUGGAAUUUGUCAAUGGCUGGUACAUCCUGCUGGUCACCAGCGAUGUGCUCACCAUCUCGGGCACCAUCAUGAAGAUUGGCAUCGAGGCCAAGAACUUGGCGAGCUACGACGUCUGCAGCAUCCUCCUGGGCACCUCGACGCUGCUGGUGUGGGUGGGCGUGAUCCGCUACCUGACCUUCUUCCACAACUACAACAUCCUCAUCGCCACACUGCGGGUGGCCCUGCCCAGCGUCAUGCGCUUCUGCUGCUGCGUCGCCGUCAUCUACCUGGGCUACUGCUUCUGUGGCUGGAUCGUGCUGGGACCCUAUCAUGUGAAGUUCCGCUCGCUCUCCAUGGUGUCCGAGUGCCUGUUCUCACUCAUCAACGGGGACGACAUGUUCGUGACGUUCGCCGCCAUGCAGGCUCAGCAGGGCCGCAGCAGCCUGGUGUGGCUCUUCUCCCAGCUCUACCUGUACUCCUUCAUCAGCCUCUUCAUCUACAUGGUGCUCAGCCUCUUCAUCGCGCUCAUCACCGGUGCCUACGACACCAUCAAGCAUCCUGGCGGCGCAGGCGCAGAGGAGAGCGAGCUGCAGGCCUACAUCGCACAGUGCCAGGACAGCCCCACCUCUGGCAAGUUCCGCCGCGGGAGCGGCUCAGCCUGCAGCCUUCUCUGCUGCUGCGGAAGGGACCCCUCGGAGGAGCAUUCGCUGCUGGUGAAUUGAUUCGACCUGACUGCCAUUGGACCAUAGGCCUUGGACUGCGGAGACCCCCGCCCCCCACCCCGCUUAUUUAUUUUUAGGGUUUGCUUUUAAGGAUCGGCUCCCUGUCGCGCCCGAGGAGGGCCUGGACCUUUCGUGUCGGACCUUUGGGGGCGGGGAGACAGGGUGGGGAGGGUGUUGAAUAAAAGGGAAAAUAAAUGUGUCGUUCUCAUUUUUA